UGGCGCGCUCGCGUAUGCGUGCUCGCUUGCUCGCUUGCACGCUUGCUCGCCUUCAACCUUGCCAUCUCCCACUGCCACGCUCUACGCGCUGCCCUCCGUGUGACGCGCGCUUCAUCGCUCCGCCGUGUGACGCGCGCUUCAUCGCUCCGCCCUAUAACACGCGCUUCAUCGCUGCGAACAAUGGCCGCGCAAGCGCAAAAGUUCCCGGCGGACAUCGUCGACUGCCAUCAUCACUUCAUUGAACCCCAAAACAACGCCUUCCAGGGUUUUCUCAAGAGUCUGGGCGCGCCGAACUACACCUGCGAGCAGUACGCGUCGGACUGCGGCGCGCUGCCUAUCUCCAAGACCGUGCACGUCGAGGCCAUGCCCGACGACGGCGUCGCCGAGGCCGCGUGGGUCGAGUCGCUCGCGGAUCGCCACAAGGUCGCGGCCGUCGUCGCCAAGUGCGACCUGAGCGCGCCGGACGCGGCGGCGGUCCUCGACGGCCUCGCGGCCUGCGCGCCGAAGCUGCGCGGCGUCCGCUUCAUCCUCGACUACGACGGCCCCUUCGGCGAGGACAACGCGACGCACGUCCAGUGCUCGCUCCACGGCCUCGACUACCUCCGCGACCCCGAGCCCGCGGCGGCCUUCGAGCGGGGCUUCGCGUCCCUGGCGGCGCGGGGCCUCAGCUUCGACCUCCAGUGCUGCCCGGCGCAGCUGCCGGCGGCCGCGGCGCUCUGCGCGAAGCACCCGGACGUCGCGGUCGUCAUAGACCACCUCGGCAAGCCGCGGCACCUGAGCCAAGCGCGGGACCCCUUCGACGCCAAGGCCAUCGACGCGUGGCGCCGCGGCAUGGCGCUCAUGGCCGCCCAGCCCCAGGUCUGCGUCAAGCUGUCCAUGCUCGGCUUCGCCGUGCCCGGCUGGACGGAGCACGACGGCAAGCGGGCCCUCGUCAAGUCGCUCGUCAAGGAGACCGUCGACCUCUUCGGGCCCGACCGCUGCAUGUUCGCGUCGAACUGGCACAUCAACGGCGCCGUGAGCAACAGCGACGGCGCCGACUCGUGCGAGGUCACCAUGCCCGAGCUCUACGCGACCUUCCAGGCCUGGGUCGACGACUGGGGCCUCGACGCCGCCGCGCAGCGCGCGCUCUUCGCGGGCACCGCGGCGACGUUCUACCGCCUCUAGGUCCAAUAAACAACACGAGCUU